GGGAGCGUAGCACAGAACUGGCACGAAAUAUUUGAUUUUGUAAAUCAGCUGACAGAAAGAUUUGUGAGCCCCAAGAUGAGAUUAUCGUUUAUCGUGUUUUCCACCCAGGCACAAGUCAUUAUGCCAUUAACUGGAGACAGAGAGAAAAUCAAGAAAGGUCUUAAGGAUUUGGAGGUGGUAAAGCCAGCAGGUGACACAUAUAUACAUGAAGGGUUAAAACAGGCCAACUUGCAAAUUGAGAAGCAAGGAGCCUCAAGGUUUUCUAGUAUCAUCAUUGCAUUGACGGAUGGCAAACUAGAUGGUCAGAUUCCCUUGUAUGCAGAGAAAGAGGCAAAGAAAUCCAGAGAUCUGGGAGCUAGAGUCUACUGUGUUGGCGUCCUUGAUUUUGUACAAGAACAGCUUGAAAAAAUUGCUGACACGAAAGAGCAAGUCUUCCCUGUCACUGGAGGAUUCCAAGCACUUAAGGGGAUAAUCAAUUCUGUUUUGAAGCAAUCUUGCACUGAGAUUUUAUAUUUGGAACCAUCCAGUGUCUGUGUGGGAGAGGAGUUUCAAGUUGUUCUUAGGGGAAGUGGCUUAACCCUUGGUGGGAAGACCGACGGCGUUACUUGUACCUAUCAAGUGAACGGAACUACAAUUCAUGAAAAACCAAAAACGGUGGAAUCUGAUUUUUUACUCUGCCCUGCACCAAUCCUGUACAAAAGCGGCCAAACUCUGGAAGUUUUGGUGAGUUUGAAUGAAGGGCAAUCUUUCAUGUCCAGCUCAUUAACGAUCACCGCUUCAGAGUGUUCUAGUGGAGUAGCGGCGCUUAUCGCUGUUCUUGUGCUGUUACUGUUAGCGGCACUCGGUCUGCUCUGGUGGUUCUGGCCCCUCUGCUGCAAAGUGGUCAUCAAAGAUCCCCCUCCACCUCCGCCAGCUCCAAAAGAGGAAGAAGAACAAGAGCCCUUGCCUACCAAGAAAUGGCCCACAGUGGAUGCUUCCUACUAUGGUGGACGAGGAGUUGGAGGAAUUAAAAGGAUGGAGGUUCGCUGGGGUGAUAAAGGAUCCACUGAAGAAGGGGCUAGAUUAGAAAAAGCAAAAAAUGCUGUGGUGAAACUCCCAGAAGAACCAGAAGAACCUUUUCAUCCUAAACCACCUAAACCAAAGCCUACCUCACCAGCCAUUCAGGAGAAGUGGUAUACGCCGAUUAAGGGUCGACUCGAUGCACUGUGGGCGUUGUUACGAAGACAGUAUGACAGAGUCUCUUUGAUGCGACCGCAGCAAGGAGAUGAGGUUUGUGUGGCGCGGGUAUUCAUUAUGGUUGGCAAAAGCGGGGCACGUUACAGCCAGGCUUUAGCAGCUGCUGAACUCUGGUAA